UAGUCUCUUUCUUCUCACCGAUCUCAUCUCUCUACUAUCACCGUGUCGCAAUGGCGUCCUCCAGAAGAAUGCUUCCUCCACUGCUUUUGCUCUUGUUCCUUCUCAUGACCUCUGAGAUGGGGACGACGGUGGUGAAUGGAAGAACAUGCGAGUCUCAGAGCCACAAGUUCGUCGGCCCGUGCGUGAGGAAAGCCAACUGCGGGAACGUGUGCCAAACGGAGGGCUUCCACGGAGGGGUUUGCCGUGGGUCGCUGAUCCACCGCAAAUGCUACUGCACCAAGAACUGUUGAACGCCUCAACCGGUCCAUCAAUACCACUGUAAUGGUGUUGGAAGCGGCGUUGGAGACUGUCAUCCUGAAACUGCUAAGAAUAACAUCGAUGAUCGAUGAGUAGAAUGUCGUAUUAUAACUUCGUGCUUUGAUUGCAUCUUUAACGUAGUUUUCCUCCGUAUCAUGCAGCUUCUGUUCUGUGAGAUUGUGUGGUUCAAUUCAUGAAUAAAUGUCCUCUUAAACGUUGCUGAUA